ACAGGUGAGGUAAAUAUAUUGGUUUGCUUUCUUGGACUAAUGCGACUUUAUUUGUAGUUAUUGUUUUGUGUUUUUGAGAUAAGCCUCGUGCGGUAAUUCUUUCGGCUGCACUGGUUCUCUUUUAGUCUUGAUGGCCGGAGACUCUGGUCCGUUUGUUUGUUACCAAAACAAAUAAUUAUCCAUAGUUAUUAGCAAUCUAUCUUUUGUGCGUAAACAUACAUUAGUCGCACCCUCUCACUUAUUCAGUAUCAAUUUAGUGACUAUGCUAAGCUGAUACAAUAAAUCGGCUACUAGGUAGAUAUUACAAUGUUAAUUUGAUAACUUAACUUAGUCUGCUAUAUAUGAAACUGCUUUAGUUGCUAGAAAUUUGAAUUUCAAUAGAAAUAUAAAACUUGCAACCCUUUUUUUAUCAACCAAUUGAUUCUGUCAAUAUAAUUCCUUUCUUGGUAUAUCAUUAUAUAUAUAUAUAUAAAGAUUCAUAAUGUCAGAAUAUAGAACUUUCGGUAUCUUAUCCCGAAGCUAAAGUAUUGUUAUGUAUGGUAGUUAAGUACUUAAGUUUGCAUGAGAAAUUCUCAAUCCAAGAAUCUUAAAAAUGUUCCUAAAAAGAAACUUGGAGCACAACAAUUAAGAAGAGCAGAUCCAAAAUUUCAAAAAACAACCGCUGAUAUUCUUUCCCUUUUGAAUGAAAAUAGAGAAACCGCUUCCUUUCCUGCUGCUUCCAAAACAUUAGAGAAACACUUGUCAAUAGUAACCUCUGUUACUGUAGGAGAGCUGAUAAAUUUCAGCCAAGUGCUUUCAGCAAUUCAGGGGUAUGAUUAUGAGGUUGUUAUACCCGAAGAGGUGAUAAAUAUAGAAGAUGGUCCGAAGAAACUUAUGGUUUUAUCGAAUGGUACUCUAGUUGGUUGGAAUCUUUCUGAAGAUGAAAUAGUUUCAACUUAUGUUCCGCUUUUGGGAAAUUCUAUUGAAUCAAAAUAUAACUUGUUUGAGAGUGAAGAGCUCGAUUGGAUUGAAUUGAAAACGUUGCCAGAAAACCCCUCAUAUAAAGGGAACUCUUACCUCCACGGAGAAAUUAUGGUAAUUCAAGGCUCUACUAUUGAAAAAAGGUUACUUGAUAUGGCUGCAUUUGCAGUUGGUAUUUCUCGUUCUACUCGUUUGUCAGUGUUAGAAGAUCAAUUGGAGGAACACUUGGCUCUAACAAAACAAAAUUCUGAAGUUUUGGCAAUGGGAACACGUAUUACUACUUCAGAACAUGAGUUUUUGCAAUUGGCAGGGAGAUUAUUCUUAUUGAGAGGGAAAUUAAAUUUAUACAGUGAAUUAAUUGAUACUCCUGAUUUGUACUGGACUGAGCCUGCUUUGGAAAAGAUUUAUGAAUCGGUAUCGAAAAUUCUUGACAUCAAUUCAAGAAUUGCAAUCUUGAAUAGAAAGCUAGAUUAUGCAACUGAAGAGCAGCGUGCUUUCCUUAGUGUAUUGAACGAAAGAAAGAGUGCAAGGUUAGAGUGGAUUAUUAUCUGGUUAAUUAUGGUUGAAGUAUGUUUUGAAACUUUUCAUUUCUAUGAGAGAUAUUUGGAUAAAAAAGAAAGCGAAGCUGACAAAUAAGGCCUAUUAGGUUCCCUGUACAUAGAAUAGUAAUUUAUUGAGUUUGUAAUACAAAACCAAGGUGAACAGAUGUAAAGAGUAAC